ACCACAUGGAGAUCUGAUAUAUUGUUUUCUUAGUUGCCUUCAAUUAUGAAGCAAGGUUUUUCAACUCACCAUUCACACAUUCAUGCUUAGUGAUUUAUAUUCAGCAAUUUAUACAGGGCUAUCACGGUUCAGGUCCACACAAACUGCUGAAACAAAGCAACAAUGUAUUACGAGGGGGGAUUUUUGGAAGAAAUGGGACGGAAUAUAGUAGUAGAAAUGGGACGAAUAAUAUUCAUAGACCAGGAUGAGACAGCUAACUAUCCAGUUAGAGACAAUCCACCCCCGCCAGAGCAGACUGAGACAGUCAGUCCAGGCAUUCCAGCUCCGCCACCGGCUCCUAUCUGGACUCCUGCCAACAGGCCUCCUCCAGUAUCUUUCGAACCAGACAAAAUCAGCUACUUGAGUGUAUGUUUGCCUCUCUACAGAGCUGCACUUACAGGGGACUGGAAAACCGCCAAAGGACUACUAGAAAGUCACCCUGAGAUGAUAAACCAGAGCAUUACAAGGCAGUUUGAAACUCUUCUUCACAUUGCAUCAUCAACAAAACACACCUACUUCGUGACAGAGUUGGUGAACUUGAUGGAUGCUAAGGACUUGGAACUUCGGAAUCAUGCUGGACACACUGCUCUCUGUGUAGCAGCAGAAGGUGGAAUUGUGGACAUUGCAGAGAUUCUUUUGAGUAAAAAUAAAAACCUUCUAAAGCUACGUGGUGAGAGACGAGGAUCACCACUUCGUAUUGCCUCAACUAUGGGACACAAAGACAUGGUGUCCUACCUUUAUUCUAAAACCAAUCAUAUGGACUGUGAAGACUGGAGUGUUUGGGACCAAGACGCGGUACUCUAUAAUUGUGUCGAUAAUAACAUAUAUGAUGUUGCAUUAGAUAUAUUGAAUCACCACAAGAAAAGAGUGUGCAAGGACAGAUAUUAUAAUCCACUUCAUAUCCUGGCUAAAAAGCCUUCAGAAUUUUAUGGAACAGAUGACCAGAAUCAAGCACUUAAAAUAGUCAGACUAAUAUGGGAAGAAGUUGUCAAGCUGAAUGAUUCUGACAUAUGGAAUAUAAUUGAUGGCCCUCCAACCAUUAUCAAACAGAAAAAUAUUGAAGACCCUGAAGCCGGAUAUAUUGAUACAUUUGCUGGGUAUAAUUCUAAUAUUCUAUUUGUUGCGGCUAAAUUGGGGAACACAAGGUUCAUAUUGGAGCUACUUAGGUUGUAUCCAGAGCUUGUUUGGAAGUUGGAUCAAGAAAACCGAACUAUUUUUCAUAUUGCAGUUUUAUAUCGUCAGGAAAGUGUUUACAAUCUGUUAUUUCAGAUUGGCUCAACUAUGCACCAGAUAAUAUCAUUGAAAGAUAUGAAUAACAAUAAUAUAGUUCAUUUAGCUGCUAUGAAACCAGAGCAAAAUCGGCUGCUUGCUAAUACGGGAGCAGGUUUACAAAUGCAGAGUGAAGUACAGUGGUUUAAGGAAGUACAAAGCAUGGUGCAUCCUUCUCUAAGAGAAGCUAGGAAUUCACAAGGCCAAACCCCCCAAGAGUUGUUCACAGAGCAGCAUGCCGAUUUAGUGGAGAAAGGCGAAAGAUGGAUGAAGGAAACCUUGUCUCAGUGCAUGGUUGUUGCUGCCCUUAUAGCAACAAUUAUGUUUGCUGCAGCUUUUACUUUACCAGGUGGUAAUAAUCAAGUCACUGGGCAUCCAAUUUAUCGCGGCAAAAGAGUUUUUAUCCUAUUUAUCAUAACAGAUGCCAUAUCGUUAUUCACCUCCACUGCUGCCCUAGUCAUGUUCUUAGAUAUCCUGACUGCACGUUACAAAGAAGAAGAUUUCUUGAAAUUAUUACCUACGAAACUGAACAUUGCGCUCCUGACACUUCUGGUAGCUGUUACUGCCAUGAUGAUUGCUUUUAGCUCCAGCUUCUUUCUUUUAUAUUCAAAGGGCAGGUGGGUUGCUAUUCUAGUCAGUUGUUUAGCUGGAGUGCCUGUUUACUUAUUUUGUAAACUGCAAUAUCGUCUAUUCUUCGAUGUCUAUCGUCCGACAUUCAGGUCCAGGUUUAUGUUCAAGGCCAGGAAAGAUAUGUUUUACUAGAGUGUUCCAAUUUGGACUGUUACCUGGUUACUUGGUUUUUAUUUUAGUUCAUGUUCCACUGAGAAGUCAGAAUUUACUGUAGCUUAUCUUCUUAAAUACUCUUGGAAUAUAAUAUGAUCCUGGUAAGCCCUCCUUCCGAGAGGUUCUG